UGCAGUUUCAAAUUUGUCAUUCACAGCGAUUUGCACAGCUGAAAACUGAUUUUUUACUUGCUAAAACUAACUGGCAUUUUGUUUGUGUGUGUUUCGUGGUGUUAAAUAAAUUGAUUUAAUUAAUUUCGUAUAUGUCUUACAUGCUCGUGAAAAUUCAAUUCAUUUCAAUUUGUAGAUUGUAAACAUCAUUACAGGUGAAGAGUGUAACAGCAUCAUAGAAAGGGGAGGCAAUCUGAUGUUAUCGCUGGGUACGAAGUUUGCUACAUCUAAGACCGAAACAAUGGAAAUCAAUUGAGUUCGCAGUGUAAGUGGAAAUGUGAAGAUCAAUCGCAAGUCGGAGACCCAAGAACAGGAACUGUUGGAACUAUAGGAGGAACAAAUGCGUGCCGCUGGUGGGCUUGUGCAGUCUAAUGCAAGUGUGGAGCCAGUUAUGUCACGUCUCGAUUAUGAGCAGAAUGCCCUCCAUCAUAGCUGCUUGCUGGUGCUGCUGCGCGGCGUGGGACCUUCCCGUGCCCGCAUUUUGCAACGAGCUUUUGAGAAGGUGCGACGUGUCAAUAAUAUCAAAGUAACGGAUUCUAGCGGUACUGUGCGUACCGUUUAUUUUCGAUUUAUUCACGAUCAUCCCGUGGAGCAUAACGAUUGGGGUGACUUUCAAACCCAUCGUCGCUUGCUCGGCCUUAUAACAAUAGGAAAGUUUGAAAACCAAACUGAGCUAAAUGAGCUAUGCCGUCACCAUGAAUCCCUAAAAGUUAGAUAUGGUAGCACAUUAUACGAGUCACGUGCCAUAUUCUUUGGGCCUGAUGCACAUUCUACGUCAAAUGCAAAUCCAAAUGCUAUAGGCGAUGCGCAACCGGCUCUGCAAACAAUCGGUGAGAAUGACGCUAAUACGGAUCUAACCGGCAAAGAAAAGAUGGCUCAGAUUCAUGGUCGACUUCAGGAUGAGUUUACCACGCCAUCCAAUUUCAAGUCGCAAGCGUUUUUUUAUCGGGAGCAGGAUAUCGGAAUGGAUCUUGAAGCUCGUGUGGCUGAUUUUUUGAAUGCAUUGUUUUGGGUGCUGGAGUCGAGGCGUCUUGAACGUUCUCGCGAGAAAGCCGAUAAGGUCAGUCUCCUGCUGGCACCCUUCGAGAAACGCGAUUUUGUGGGGUUGGAUAUGGAGUCGCGCAACAACCGCAAACGCUGUGUGGGCCGCGUUAUGAAGAACUUGGCAGAUCUGUCAUUGCAGGCUGGUCUCUUAGAUGAUGCACUUAGCUUGUAUCACAAUGCCAAUGAAACGUUGCGUUCAGUUGGCGACUCUCUGUGGGUUGGGGCCUGUGAAGAGGGUCUGUGCGCAGCUUCUGCUGUUUUAUUGUAUCCACAAAUGCGGGAAACUGAAACAUUUCACAGGAAUGCAUCUCUACAAGAAACAGGUUCUUCACCGCUACGCAACAUGCCGGAGAAGUGGCGUACAAGCGAUGCAACGAAGAAAAUAAAUGCACCAGCAGUAAGCACAGGAACCACGACUGCGGCAUCAGCAAACUACGCAGAUGCUUUCAACUCGCAUUCAUCUUCCUGCUCAUCGGUGUCAUCCAUAUUGACUAACAAUUCCUCUUCAUCGGGUACACCCACAACCUCCACAUCCUCUUCUUCGACAUCGACAAUAUCGGUAGCGCCACAUAGCCAGCGCAAUGGCGAGCUACCUGGCAAUAUAAUUAAGCCUGAAGAUAUAACCAAUUAUUAUAGGAAGGCUAUAAUAAACUAUAGCAAAUACCGACAUGCAGCAACCAUUGAGACAGAGGCAGCUCUGAAAGCUUCGCGCGUAUGUAUUGAGCAAAAUCGACCGCUGGACGUGGCCAUGUUUCUGCAAAACAUUCUUUACAUAAAUCUCAGCAUGAGUGAAUCAGAUCGCGUUAAGCGAUUUGAAGUUAUAACAGAACUAUAUCAGCAGAUCGGUUACCAGCGUAAAGCUGCAUUUUUUCAGCGCCUGGCUGCGCUAAAACAUGUACAGCAGGGCACUCAGACACCAGACUGGACGCAAAGCUAUCGCCUCAUGUUAGGCAGCUUUACAGGUUAUCUGCUAUCCUUGGAUCCACUGGAAGUGUUGGAGAAUGCUGCUGGUUGGCCAGCAUUGCAAAUAGAUCUGGUGCAAAGUCUUAUAUCUGCAGCGAGACGUCUUGGAUACUCGGCACUGGCUACGCGCCAUAUGACAUUUCUGCUUCAAACGCAAUGGGACAAUAUGUCUGCUGCGGAACAAAGCGAAAUGGCUGUACAGCUUCAGAAUCUAAGCGCACAGUGUGAAGGCUCGCCUGUACCUUUGGUACUGGACAAUGGGACUGUGAUACCUCCCGCCAACCUUACCGAUUUACCCUACUUGACGCAGUUGGCAGUACGAGACUUACCUGCACACUUGCGCCCACAACGUAUUAAAAUUGCCAAAGCUGACAGCGGUCCAUUUCUAUUCACUCCAAUUCACUUCAACUCGGUUGAUCGCCGCGACAAGAAGAAAGACAAAAGCAAAAUAGAUUUUCUUUGGGUGCAAAACGAUAUUUGCGAGGUAUGCUUAACACUUCGCAAUCCCUUGCCAUUUGAGCUGGCCGUCACUGACAUGCGUCUGCUUACAAAUGGCGUGGUAUUUGAAUCGUUGCCCCAGACAGUUGUCUUGAAGCCGCAUGUGCUCACACAAGUGUCUCUACAUGGAAAACCCAUUGAAACUGGACAACUGGAUCUGCAGGGUUAUAGUACUCAUACUUUGGGCAUCAAGUCGAACUGUCGGCUGAAGCAUAUGCGAGGACGUUACUUUCCGCCCAACUAUGUAGUGGAUGUAAUACCUGCCUUGCCAAGCAUUACUAUCAAAACAUCGCUUCCUCAGUCCGCAUCGUUUAGCAACAUGAAUAGUGCGGACCUGGUGGUUACAUCUGCAAGUCUGACCCUUUACAACGGAGAGUCCUCUAGUUGCAUUAUUACUAUAAGGAAUGAGAGCAAUACAUUACCGGUCGAGCAUCUCGAAGUAAACAUUAAUUCAAAUGUGGAGCAAGAAACACAAAAAAAAAUGUUUCGAAUUGAUGAACAGGCACUGCUGGCGCAGCUACCCGUACCUCCGUUAAGUACUAUUGAAUUCGAACUCCUUAUAUAUGCUGACGCCGAUUUUGUAUGCCCUAUACCAACGGACCUUAUAAAUUCAUUCGGCCCCGGGGCUUCUCAAGAAUAUGGAACGUCUUCGCUAUCGCAGUAUUCUAAUGUUACAGGUCAAUCUGCUAGUCUACCAUUGCGUGUUAGUUCACCGCAACAUCGACGACAAGAUAAUAUAAGUGUUCAUUCAAAAGUGUCCGGGACUCAGCAUUUGAUAAGCACUUUACCCCUACAUCCGGACGGACCAGGGGCUUCGUUCAAUAGUGGAUCGAAUGUACAUUCUGCACAGAACAGCCAACAUGUGGAGGCUCAAUUGCGCUUUAAGUACUCCGGCGGGCAGGCGUUGGUUGAAGGCUUUUGUCGUCAGUGCGCGGUGUCUUUUAACCUUGAGCUACUUCCUAGUACCCUGAUAACAAGCUGGGAUGUUUUACCCGCUGAAAUCCCUUCACAGUUCUACUUAGUUUUAGACAUAUCUAACCUUACCGCUCAAGAAAUGUCGCUCAACUACACUGAUAACAAGAAUAUUCUCAUAGAAGCCAAUGAAAGUUGUCGAGUACCUAUCCCGGUUGACCGCUGCUCAUUGGAGCAAAUAUGUGACGCACGUGCAGCGGAAGUUGCUGAAAAUCUUGAACGCGAGCUGUGUUUUCGCACGCAAAUUCUUUCCUUUAGCGAUGCACUAAGCAAGCUUUGCUCAACUCAUAUAGCAGACCGUGUGAAAAUUAAUUGGCUGCUAACGGGCACUGACAUAAAAGGGAUUGCAUCGCUACGCGGGAUUUUUCUAUCGCAUAGUAUGGUCAAUCUGACCACUAUCGCCCCUCUUCAAUGGGGUAUAAGCUUUCAGGAUACGGUAGUGCAGCCACAUAGCGAGUUAAUUUGCACUAUUGGUCAGAGUGCGAAGCUCACAAUUAAUCUCACAAAUCAAUCAUUACAUCCACUUAAGAAUUUGGUAUUAACUAUAAAAUUUUAUCAAGACUACUUAAAUGGGAUAGAAAACUACAAUCUUGAGACGCGCGUUGCAAUAUCUGGACCUAACCGAAUUACAAUCCCUAUUUUGGAGAAGUACGAGCAAUCGCAGCAUAAUUGCUCUGUGAUAUUUUUUACGCCUGGUCGCUUCAAGGCCAGCGUUGAGUGCGCCACUAGACCCCAAAAAAGUAGUAGUAUUUUGACACGCUCAUGUCCAGAAGCUCCCAAUUUGAGUCAAUUAGAAAAAAAGUCAUCAUCACCAGCCAAUUCAAACACUAUUUCGGCUUCUGGCCUUGACGAGCAUCAGGCGCAUAUAUGGAAAUUUAUACCACCUAUUGAGGUGACUGUUGUAGAGCCGUGAUUGAGUAAAUUGUUAAUAAUAUGUAGUUAAUUUUUGUUACAUCUGUAAUUCUAUUUGUAUUUAUUUUCAUAUCACGUAUACGUAUAUGAUACCGCUGUUAAUAUGUGUAAACACAAAUAGCUUACUGUUACUGUAAUAUGAAAAGCAAUUGUUUUGA